GGCAGUACUAAAGGGGAAUGACAACCGUCCGAGCUCCAUCCCCACCACCAUCAGCAGCAGCAGCAGCAUCCGCAGCAUGCAUCCGAAAAAUGGCACACGCAGUCGGCGAUGAACCGCCGCGGAUCGUCGCCGGGACAACAGCAGAAGAAGACGCAGCGGCGACGCCGGUGAUGCGGACGCUCGGCCGGACGACGACGACGACGACCCCCGCCGAGUAAAGGCCUCUCUCCUCGCCAAGAUGGUCCGCGUGGCGCGCGCCCUGGGUCUCAUCAUCCUGUGCGUGGCUGUGCUCAUCCUGUCGCUCAUCAGCUACGUUUCCCUGCGGAAGGACAGCCUCUUCGGGACGCCCGUCGGGGGCCCCAGGAUCAUGUUCCACGCCGGCUUCCGAUCUCAGUUUGCCAUGAAUUUCCUGGACCCGUCCUUCAUCCCACUGACCACUGCCCUGAACGAAGAACUCCAGGGGAACCCUUCCAAGUGGAAAUUCAACAGGACCGCCUUUUUCCAGCAGAGGAAGGACAUCUUCAACUACAUCGACAUUGCGCACAACUUCUCUCUGACCAAGAGCAGUGUCCGAGUGGGCCAGCUGAUGCACUUCGACUACUCCAGCCACAAGUACGUAUUCUCGAUCAGCAACAACUUCAAGUCCCUGCUGCCCGACGCUUCGCCCAUCCUGGACAAGCACUACGGGACGUGUGCGGUGGUGGGCAACAGCGGCAUCCUGACGGGCAGCCACUGCGGCUCCGAGAUCGACCGCGCCGAUUUCGUCUUUCGCUGCAACUUCGCACCGACUGAGUUGUACGCCAAGGACGUGGGUCGCAAGACCAACCUGACCACCUUCAAUCCCAGCAUCCUGGAGAGGUACUACAACAACCUGCUGACCAUCCAGGAUCGGAACAACUUCUUCCUGCAUCUGAAGAAGCUGGAGGGCGCCAUUCUGUGGAUUCCUGCUUUCUUCCUGCAUACAUCGGCCACCGUCACCCGCACCCUGGUGGACUUCUUUGUGGAGCACAAGGGCCAGCUCAAGGUGGAGCUGGCCUGGCCCGGAAACAUCAUGCACGAUGUCAACAAAUACUGGAAGACCAAGAACCUUUCCCCCAAGCGACUGAGUACGGGCAUACUCAUGUACACUUUGGCGUCGGCUAUGUGUGACGAGAUCCACCUGUACGGCUUCUGGCCCUUCGGCUGGGAUCCCAAUACGGGCAAGGACCUGCCCUACCACUACUACGACAAGAAGGGCACAAAGUUCACUACCAAGUGGCAGGAGACCCACCAGCUUCCCACCGAGUUCAAGCUGCUCUACCGACUGCACCGCGACGGCGUCAGCAAGCUGAGCCUGACACAUUGCACGUAGAAGGGA